CAGCUCCACCCGUGGGCGACCUGUGGCUACGGGACCCACUCGCUACGCUUCGUGCCAGUCAGUACACAGACUCCGCUGUGCUGAUAGAUUGCUGUGCUCUCCUGGAGGACACCAUGAAGGGGAGACUAAUCUGUGCCUUAUUGCUAUGCGCCGUGGCUGGCACACGGGGGUGUGGGCGGAGCAGCACUACCACCACCAUCCCGCCCGCCAUCGAGCCUGAGAUAAUUGCAGUCACGGCCGCAGGACCUUCUGAAGCGGGUAGUAGGCCCGGAGGUUCACGCGUUAGCCUCCUCACAAAGUCGGAACUCCAAACUCUCUCCGAGGAACUACUCCGCGUGGACACAGGCAUUCAGCAGCCCACCCUCAACCAACAGGGCAAGACUUCCUCCGCCGCAACGAGGGACCUGGCGUCGAACCCAUUAAUCGGCAGUGUCCCUGCAGCUACCAUGAACAAAGAGACGGUAAGACUUAUGCAAAAUCUCCUGGACAACUACGUGCCCCAAGUCACGAGUCGCGAGGAUUAUACCAACACCGAGAAGAAUGAAGAGAAUCAGUUCCUUGACGCCCUCAUGAGAACAGCUGUCAUGCAGACGCUCGAGAGGAACCUCAAGCGCAAGAACAUCAUCAGCGGCAGCCUCCGCACGACGCUGAAUGACAUCUGGUUCACUCAGUACAAGCGCGGAGGGAGUAAGAUCAGCUCCUCGGGGUUCGAGCACGUCUUCGUCGGCGAGCUGAGGGGCGGGAAGGUCGCCGGCCUGCACAACUGGCAGAAUUUCAAGAAGGAGGAGCAGGAGGGAGACCUGGAUUACAAGGGUUACAUCAGGCUGGUGGAUCUGAACGGAAAGGGUAAGAUCAUCAAAGUGCGAUUCGUGUGGAUGAACCAACCGAAACCCGUUGGGUCUAUCUUCGUGGGCGUGACUCCAGAGCUCGAAAUGGCCCUCUACACCAUCUGCUUUUUGGCCAAACCCGACUCCAGAUGCCCGGUCAAGCUCAAUAACAAGGAAUUCAACAUCCAAACUUGGUCUAUUAAACUUCGGGGCAAGAAUGUCAUCGGCAGUGCAUAUCCUGAUAUAUAAGACUGGUAGUUGGAUAGUUCAUGAUGAACUGAUGGUUUUUUGGAUAGGUGAGGAUAGGGUGAAAUCUGUGACAGGACGUUGCUAUGGUUCAUGGUCGGGUCUACAAGUUGAAAGAAAACUAACGGGCAUUAUAGUUAUUUGUUAUGUGAGUAUUGUUGAAAGAGAGAAGUAUGACGGACCUGUUUUACUUAAUAUCAUGCGGUCAGGGGAUAACAUCAAAUAAUUGUAUGCGAAAAUCUUUUAUUGGUACAUAACCUCUAUUAUCUUUUGUUUUUCGUAUGUAUAUAAAAUGUCUUUAAACCACUCACUUUGUUAAAUAAGAGCACAUUAUAUGUUUGUAAAACUCACUUAUUAAAGUUCGCCAGUAAUUCCAACACUGAAUACUUUUGGAUUUGCCAUCAUAACCUCUUCAAUGCUGAUUAAAAAAUAUUCGCAGAGCAUUGUCGUGCAAUAAAACGAAAGUCGGACAAAAA